AUGCCCAGAAAGAGUAUUGACUAUGGAGUGCUGCCGGAGUAUGAGAAAAGCCAGAUCAAAAGGACCUUGGAGCUGGGAACUGUUAUGACAGUAUUCAGUCUUAAGAAGAGUAGUCCAGAAAGGAGGACUAUUCAAGUCAUAAUGGAAACCAGACAGGUAGCAUGGAGCAAGACAGCUGACAAGAUCGAAGGUUUCUUGGAUCUGAUGGAAAUAAAAGAAAUUCGCCCAGGAAAGAAUUCAAAGGACUUUGAGCGUUGCAAAGCAAAGCAAAGGGAAGAACACUGCUUUACUAUUUUUUAUGGUACCCAGUUUGUCCUCAACACCUUAAGCUUAGCAGCUGACUCUAAAGAUGAUGCUGAUAAAUGGUUGUGUGGCUUGAAUAUCUUGUAUCAAGAGGUCAUGAGCGCUCCCACACCUGCGAUCACAGAGAGCUGGCUGAGAAAGCAGAUCUAUUCUGUUGAUCAAACCAGAAGAAGUAGUAUCAGUCUUAGAGAGUUGAAAACUGUCCUUCCCCAAGUAAACUUCAAAGUGAGCAGCAUGAAGUUAUUGAAGGAUAAAUUUGCGGAAAUAGGCGCUCACAAAGAAGAACUUAGUUUUGAACAAUUUCAUUUGUUCUACAAGAAAAUUAUGUUUGAACAACAGAAAUCGAUUCUUGAUGAAUUCAAAAAGGAUUCCUCUGUGUUCAUUCUUGGAAAUACUGACCGUCCAGAUGCUUCAGCAGUUCAUCUCCAUGACUUUCAGAGAUUUCUGCUACAUGAGCAGCAGGAAUCUUGGGCACAAGAUCUCAGUAAAGUCCGAGAACGAAUGACAAAGUUUAUUGAUGACACUAUGAGAGCUUUUUUCUUUCACUUCUCUCUCUUUGUAUUGUAGUUCCUCACUUACCUUUUUGCAAAAGAAAACAGUAUUUGGGAUGAGAAAUAUGAUUCAAUAGAUGCACAAGACAUGAACAAUCCUUUGUCCCACUACUGGAUUUCUUCCUCUCAUAACACAUAUCUGACAGGAGACCAGCUUCGAAGUGAAUCCUCCACAGAAGCUUACAUCAGGUGCCUUAGAAUGGGAUGUCGAUGUAUUGAGUUGGAUUGCUGGGAUGGUCCUGAUGGGAAACCCAUCAUUUACCACGGAUGGACACGGACAACAAAGAUCAAAUUUGAUGACGUAGUACAGGCAAUCAAAGAUCAUGCCUUUGUUGCAUCUGAAUACCCAGUCAUUCUGUCAAUUGAAGAGCACUGUAGUGUGGAGCAGCAGCGACACAUGGCCAAAGUGUUCAAGGAGGUAUUUGGGGAUCAGCUUUUAACGAAGCCUAUUGAAGCCAGUGCAGAUCAGUUACCAUCACCAACCCAGCUGAAAGAAAAAUUCAUCAUCAAGCACAAAAAACUGGGGCCAAAGGGAGACAUUGAUGUGAACUUGGAAGACAAGAAGGAAGAAAAAAAACAACAAGGAGAACUUUACAUGUGGGACACAAUAGAACAGAAAUGGACUCGGCACUACUGUGCUAUUGCUGAUGAAAAGCUUUCAUUCAGCGAUGAUAUAGAACAGAAUGCUGAUGAAGAUUCGUCAAAGGAGGUGAAACGGACUGAGCUGCACUUAAAAGAGAAAUGGUUCCAUGGGAAGAUGAAAGAGGGGAGAACAACUGCUGAGAAACUGCUUCAGGAAUAUUGUGCUGAAAUGGGUGGCAAGGAUGGGACAUUCCUAGUUAGGGAAAGUGAGGCUUUCCCUAAUGAUUGCACCUUGUCAUUCUGGAGAUCAGGUAGAGUCCAGCACUGCCGGAUCCGUUCUUCAAGUGAUGGGGACACUGUGAAAUACUACCUGACGGACAACCUCACUUUUGAUAGCAUCUAUGAUCUCAUUCAACACUACAAGGAGGCCCACUUGCGAUGUGCUGAAUUUGAGCUGCGUCUGACUGAUGCUGUGCCUAAUCCCAGCCCUCAUGAGACUAAAGAUUGGUACUAUAGCAACCUGAGUCGGGGAGAGGCAGAAGACAUGCUGAUGCGAAUUCCUCGAGAUGGAGCUUUUCUGAUUAGAAAGAGAGAUGAGCCCGAUUCCUUUGCCAUGACUUUCAGAGCGGAGGGGAAGGUGAAGCACUUCCGAAUUCAGCAAGAAGGUCGUCAUUUUGUGCUUGGAACCUCAGCCUAUUUCGAGAGUUUAGUGGAGCUGGUAACGUACUAUGAGAAGCAUCCGCUGUACAGGAAAAUGAAGUUGCGUUACCCGGUGACGGAGGAGCUGCUGGAGCGGUACAGCACGGAAAAAGAUAUUAACUCCCUCUAUGAUGUCAAGAUGUAUGUGGAACCCAGUGAAAUCACCCCAACAGUGCCUCAGAGAACGGUGAAAGCCUUGUAUGACUACAGAGCCAAAAGAAGUGAUGAAUUGAGUUUCUCUCGAGGAGCUUUAAUUCACAAUGUCACAAAGGAAACUGGAGGCUGGUGGAAGGGGGAUUACGGAGAAAAAGUCCAACACUAUUUUCCAUCUAAUUAUGUUGAAGACCUGUCAUCUGGUAACUCUGCUGAGCUUGAAAGCCAGAUUAUCGAGGACAAUCCAUUAGGCUCUCUGUGUCGUGGCAUACUGGUACUCAAUACAUACAACGUUGUGAAAAUGCCGCAAGGGAAACACAAAAAGCCUUUUGUCUUCAUUCUGGAACCUAAGAAUCCAGAAGAUCCAUGUGUUGAGUUUGCAACUGAUAGAGUAGAAGAACUCUUUGAAUGGUACCAAGGUAUCCGUGAAAUCACUUGGAAAACUGCAGAAGAGGAGAACAGGAGGAAAUACUGGGAAAAGAAUCAAUUGAUUGCUAUUGAAUUAUCUGAUCUGGUAAUCUAUUGCAAGCCAACAAGCAAAACCAAGGACAAUUUAGAAAAUCCUGAUUUCAAAGAAAUCCGUUCUUUUGUGGAAACCAAGGCAGAGAGCAUUGUUAAGCAAAAGCCAGUUGAGUUGUUGAAAUACAACCUGAAGGGACUGACGCGUGUCUAUCCAAAAGGACAGAGGGUCGACUCAUCCAACUACGACCCAUUUCGCCUCUGGCUUUGUGGCUCCCAGAUGGUGGCUCUUAACUUCCAAACUCCAGAUAAAUACAUGCAACUGAACCAUGCCUUGUUUUCACUUAAUGGACGCACUGGCUAUGUUCUGCAGCCAGAAAGCAUGCGAAAUGAAGAAUAUGACCCAAUGCCAAAUGACUCGAAGAGGAAAUUGCAGAUGAUUAUGACAGUGAGGGUUCUAGGUGCUCGGCAUCUCCCUAAACCUGGUAGAAGCAUUGCUUGUCCUUUUGUAGAGGUAGAAAUUUGUGGGGCUGAAUAUGAUAACAACAAAUUCAAGACAACAGUUGUGAAUGACAAUGGCCUCAAUCCAGUUUGGGCACCCUGUGCAGAGCAAGUGAAAUUUGAAAUUUAUGAUCCAAAUCUAGCGUUCCUGCGCUUUGUUGUUUAUGAGGAGGAUAUGUUCAGUGAUCCCAAUUUCUUAGCACAUGCCACUUUUCCCAUCAAAGGAAUCAAAUCAGGUUUUAGAUCGGUUCCACUCAAGAACGGCUAUAGUGAAGAUAUAGAGCUGGCCUCACUCCUGGUUCACUGUGAAAUGCAACAAGUUCUGGAAAGUGAAGAGGAGCUUUAUUCCUCAUGUCGGCAACUUCGGAAGCGCCAGGAAGAGCUUAAUAACCAGCUGUUCCUUUAUGACACCCAUAUGAAUUUAAGGAAUCCUAACAGAGAUGCUAUAUUAAAAGAAUUCAAUGUGAAUGAGCACAAACUACAGAUAUAUCAAGAGACAUGCAACCGCAGAUUAAAAGAGAAGAAAGUCAGUAACAGCAAAUUCUACUCUUAAAGCAAUUGGUCUUUGACGCAUGCUUUAUGGUGCAAUUCAGGAAGCGACAUUAAUUUAUCCUGGUCAUCCUACUCAGCGAUGGUCCCAUCAGACUGAGUGACUGGAAGAAGAGGAGGAGGAAAGAUGGGUUUCCUUAAUAAUUUCUUGUUACAAGAAAAACUGUUUUAAUUCCUAGUAAUUUAUAUUCUGCACAAAGCACAUGCUCUGUGCAGACUAGACCUU